GCUAGCAAGCGCCUCACUACUCAGUCCUUACUUUUUCGGACGAAGAAGGAAAUGGCGCGAAACGGUUUGGUUCUCGAGGGGAAUGUUCCUCUUCUUCGCGCCUUUCUCUUCCUUCUCCUGCUCCUCCUCCCUCAACCGUCGAUCUCCGGCUACCGCCAGGACUACCACGACGCCCUCCACAAGUGCAUCCUCUUCUUCGAAGGCCAGCGCUCCGGCCGCCUCCCUCCCGACCAGCGCCUCCGCUGGCGCCGAAACUCCGCCUUGCAUGACGGCGCCUCCGCCGGCGUGGACUUAACGGGCGGAUACUACGACGCCGGCGACAACAUUAAGUUCGGAUUUCCAAUGGCGUUCACAACGACGUUGCUUUCGUGGAGCAUUAUCGAUUUCGGCCGGAAUAUGGGACCGGAGCUCGGUAACACCGUGAAGGCGGUGAAAUGGGCGACGGACUAUCUUCUGAAGGCGACGGCGAAGCCGGGAGUGAUUUACGUUCAGGUUGGAGACGCAUACUCUGACCAUAACUGCUGGGAGAGACCCGAGGACAUGGACACACUCCGGACGGUCUACAAGAUCGAUAGGGCCCACCCUGGAUCCGACGUCGCAGGCGAAACCGCCGCUGCAUUGGCCGCUGCCUCCAUAGUGUUCAGAUCACGUGAUCCCGCUUACUCGCGUUUGCUCCUCAAUCGGGCCGUUAGGGUUUUCGAGUUCGCUGACAGAUACCGGGGUGCGUACAGCAAUAGCCUGCACUCUGCGGUUUGCCCUUUUUAUUGCGACGUGAAUGGUUACCAGGACGAGUUGCUGUGGGGAGCUGCAUGGUUGCACAAGGCGUCGAGGAGGCGCGCGUACAGAGAAUACAUAGUGAGGAACGAGGUGGUGUUGAGGGCUGGGGACACAAUAAACGAGUUUGGUUGGGACAACAAGCAUGCUGGGAUUAACGUCCUCAUUUCCAAGGAAGUGUUGAUGGGAAGAGCAGACUACUUUGAAUCUUUCAAGCAAAAUGCUGACGGUUUUAUCUGUUCUUUAUUGCCUGGAAUUUCUCAUCCCCAAGUCCAAUAUUCGCCAGGUGGCUUGAUCUUCAAGGCCGGAGGGAGCAACAUGCAACAUGUAACCUCGCUGUCGUUCUUGCUUCUGGCUUACUCCAACUAUCUUCGCCACGCCAAUAAGAUUGUGCCAUGCGGCGAGACUUCAGCCUCCCCUGCUCUACUCAGACAAUUGGCCAAACGUCAGGUGGACUAUAUCCUUGGUGAUAAUCCGUUGGGAAUGUCGUACAUGGUUGGAUAUGGUGCACGUUACCCACAGAGGAUACACCAUAGGGCCAGCUCGUUACCGUCCGUACAGACCCAUCCGGCCCGUAUCGGUUGUAAAGCGGGGUCUCGCUACUUCCUGAGUCCAAAUCCCAAUCCCAAUCUGCUUGUUGGAGCGGUCGUGGGUGGGCCCAAUAGCUCGGAUGCUUUUCCAGACUCGAGGCCAUACUUUCAAGAGUCGGAACCCACAACCUACAUUAAUGCGCCGUUGGUGGGCCUGCUGGCAUAUUUUUCAGCCCACUCUUGAUUUCCACAAUGUAAAGUAGAAUGUACUAUGUAGUGGUGCGCAAAAUGGUCACCCUGCCAAUUAUUGUUGUGAAACAUUCUUAACUGUUUCCUUUUAAUGAAGAAAGCUAAAGUUUCAUCCACUUA